AUGGCUGCCUCGUAUCCCGCGUGGAAGCGCCGGCCUGGAACUUCCAAGCCGCGCCCCGGGGGCGGGCGGCCCACCGUGCUGCCCCAGGCCUCCUACGGCUCCGCCCCGCCCCCAGGGCCGGCCCGGGCGGCCCGGGGAGGGGGACUGAAGGCAGAAGAUGAGAUCUACGGGUGAGGGAGGCUGAGUCCCCUGGCACCCUGUUUCCUUCUGGCUCUGGUGUUUGAGAAGUGCGAGCUGGCCACGUGCUCCCCGAGGGACGGGGCCGGCCCGGGGCCCGCGGGAAGCCCGGGCUUGGGGGCGGGGGCCGACGUCUGCUCCUCGGACUCCUUCAACGAGGACAUCGCCGCCUUCGCCAAGCAGGUCCGCAUGGAGAGGCCGCUGUUCUUCCCCGAACUGGACAACCUGAUGAUCCAGGCCAUCCAGGUGCUUCGGUUUCACCUGCUGGAGCUCGAGAAGGUACACGACCUGUGUGACAACUUCUGUCAUCGCUACAUCACCUGCCUCAAGGGGAAGAUGCCCAUCGACCUGGUCAUCGAGGACCGAGACCGGGACGGAGAUGAGCCCAUCGUGCCCUGCAAGGCCGACCUGGACGACUUCCCGCCCCGGCCCCGCCUGCCCCACCAGAACCAUUCCUGGGUUCGGGACCACAGUGACAGCGGGUCUGUGCACCUGGGCACGCCGGGUCCAUCCAGCGGAGGCGUGGCCUCCCAGAGCGGGGACAACUCCAGCGAGCAGGGAGAUGGGCUGGAGACCCGAGCAGCCUCCCCCAGCUCUGGGCCGGAAGACGACGAGCCCGACCACGACCAGAGGCAGAGUAAGAAGCGGGGCAUCUUCCCCAAGGUGGCCACCAACAUCAUGAGGGCCUGGCUCUUCCAGCACCUGGCGCACCCCUACCCCUCUGAGGAGCAGAAGAAGCAGCUGGCCCAGGACACAGGUCUCACCAUCCUACAGGUCAACAACUGGUUCAUUAAUGCCAGGAGGCGGAUUGUGCAGCCCAUGAUCGACCAGUCCAACAGGGCAGGCCCGGGCACAGCCUACAGCCCUGAGCACGGCGCAGCCCUGGGGACCUUUGGGCCAGACCAGAGUCCCGGCCCCGGGCCCCCCAUGAGGACCACCGGGUCCAUGGGCAUGAGCGUGAGCCUGGACAGGCAGUGGCACUAUAUGUAGGGGCACUUGCAGCCUCGCCCACUGAUGGGAAGAUAACAGAACGUGAAGGGAGGAAAAGUCAAAGAAGGGAGAUCUGGGACCGCCAAGCUCCUCUCCAUCUCCUGACCCUCUGCAAACCCUUCUUUCUCCAAAGCCAGGACUCCUUCUCCAUGGACAUGGGGGCUCCUGGGAGCUGAGCCCCCACCCCCGGGGCUCCUAGCCAGGGCCCCCCGAUGCGGGCCGGGCCUGACGCCCUCCCAUCUCAACGCCUACCUCCCCGGGCUCCCCGGGCUCCUGGGCUGGGACUCGCUGCACACUGAGCUAUCCAUCCCUCACUGAUGAUGAGAAGAUACCCUCUCCAUCCUGCAGGCCCCUUCCCUGCUUCUCCCCGAGCCCCAGGCCCCCCCCCCCCUUGCCCCACCCCGGGGAGCGGGCCCAACGGCAGGGGCGGGGGAACGUCCAGGCCCCUCCUCGGGCUUGGGCCAGAGAGGUCUGGGGCACAGACAGGGCGGGGUCCGGGGUUCUCCCUGUCUUCCCCGGCUCUGCCCCUACUCUCUUAGCCUGUCUCUUUCUCAAACUUUUUUUAAAAAUGAUAAAAUCUUUAAAAAAAAAAGAAACUCGACCUUCUGCUCCAGCCUCUUUCCCUUGUCAGUCUGUCCCUGUGUU